AUGGUUCACGCAGAGAACCUGGUGGACUGGUUUAAGUUGGCGCAAAACAUCAGUCACGAGUUAUCUGCUCGUGGCUGGCUUCGUUGCGAACUGGUGCCAGCUGUCCAACAUCAUUUGAUGGUAUGGGCGGGCCAGCUAUCUGUCAUGAAAUGCGUCCGCGCAGAGCCCUACAAGGCAGUCGUGGACUUUCACGCAUACUCGGUGGUUGAAGGCGCAUUGCAGGCAGGGUUCUGCGAGUGCGACAAGGGAGCUGGAAUGGAAGCACUUGGCAUGCUGAAUCGAGAAGGAUGCUACUGCUCGGGAGCUACCCACACGGC